AUGGUUGAAAUGGUGGGAUUUAACUUUCCUUCCGAAAUAUAUCAAAAUAUUUUUGAAAACCUUGAUACUAAAUCUUUAAGUUCAUCAAUAUUAGUAAAUCGCGUUUGGUGUUUGAAUUCUAUAAAGAUAUUAUGGAAAGAUCCAUUCUCUGUUUUACAUGAAAAUCCUUCGAGCAAUUUUCAACUUAGAACUCUUUCAAUAAUACAGACAUAUAUUUAUUGUCUUUCCGAUGAAAUAAAAUCACAAUUGAUUUUAGAUAAAGUUCCAAUUGAUAAAUUAAGACCAACUUUUGAGUAUACAUCAUUUUUAUGUGUCUUACAUCUUCCUGACUUAUAUAAUUCUAUUGGAAGUUGGCUUGCUCAAUAUCAUAUUAACAUAAGAAGGGAUGGAUUCCAGCAUAAAUUAUUAAUGAAAGAAUUGUGCAAAUUAUUUUUAAUACAAUGUAAAGAAUUAAAAGCUCUCGAUUUUUCUGGUGUUCCGAACAUAAGACACCUUAUUCAUCAUAAGAAUAAUAUUCGUGAUUACGAGAUUUUCUUUGAAUUACCUGGCGUCAUUUCUUACUUUAAAAAUUUGCAAUAUUUUCGUUGCAAAGAUGAUUUUCCAUCCCGAAUGUUAAUUUCUUUAGCAAGUUUAGCGAAUAAUAUAUUUACUUUGGAUAUUACUAGGAAAAAGGAUAAUGAAGGAUUAGUAGAAUUAAUUAAUACCCAAGAAAAUUUAAGACAUUUCAAAUUUAAAACCUAUAAAAUGAAUUUGUUGCAGGUUGUUCGAGAAUUGCAGAAAAAGUCAUCAACUCUUAGAAAAGUAAAAUUUAAUGGUGGAUGUUCUAUUCCUUUAGAUUUUUUAUAUCAGCUAACAAAACUUGAAAAGUUAUCUUUACAUAAUUCACAAAUGACUGUAAAUGGAAAUGUUGAUUUAUUUAAAACAAUUUAUUUAAACAAUCUUAUCGAACUAAAAAUAUCUCUCGAAGAUCAAUUUGUUCAACAUUAUAUAUCAUUAAUCCAAAAUACUAAAGGCUCACUUAAAGUCAUCAAAAUGAUUUUCAAAAAUCCUAAAGAUCCAAAAAAUUUGCCACUCCUUUUUAAAACCAUUAUGAAUUGUUGUCCUAAUUUAAUUAACAUUCAUAUUUAUAUUCCAAACAAAAUUAUUUUUGAAAUUCUUAACUUCUUCAGAAAAUGCCCUUUACUUGAAAUAGUUAUUUUCACGGGAGAUAAUUUAGAUAUUAGUAAUAUUCUUCUGAAAAUUGUUCCAGUUUUACCAUACAAGAUGAAAACUCUCAAUUUAGGAUUUCCUACAUGGGAAGCCUCGACUAAAACGAUUGAUGAAUUUCGAGCUAAAGUUUCAAGCACAAUUGAUAUUACAAUAAUGCAAAAAUUCUAA